GCCCCAGAGCAGUCAGAACUCACCCUUGCCGGGUGAGUCUGUGGGUGGAAGCUACCAUGCUUCUGGUUCCACAUGGGGAACACCAUCAAGGCCUUUGUGGCCUUCAUCCCUGGUGACCGCUGCCAGAACUAUGUGGUCGGAGACCUCCAGGAGAUGCCACUGGACAAGAUGGUAGACCUGAGUGGAAGCCAGCUACGCCACUUCCCUGUCCAUGUGUGCUCCUUCACAGACCUGGUCAAGCUCUACCUGAGUGACAACCACCUCAACAGCCUGCCCCCAGAGCUGGGGCAGUUGCAGAACCUGCAAAUCUUAGCCUUGGAUUUCAACAACUUUAAGGCUUUGCCUCAGGUGGUAUGUACCUUGAAACAGCUCUGCAUUCUCUACCUAGGAAACAACAAACUCUGCAACCUCCCUAAUGAGCUAAGCCUGCUCCAAAACCUCCGGACCCUAUGGAUCGAGGCCAACUGCCUCACCCAGCUGCCAGAUGUGGUCUGUGAGUUGAGUCUCCUCAAGACUCUGCAUGCUGGCUCCAAUGCCCUGCGUUUCCUACCCGGCCAGCUCCAGCACCUCCAUGAGCUGAGGACCAUCUGGCUCUCAGGCAACUUGCUGACUGAAUUCCCCACUGUGCUGCUUCAUAUGCUACUGGAGGUGAUCGAUGUGGACCGGAACAGCAUCCGUUACUUUCCCAGCCUGGCCCACUUGCCAGGUCUGAAGCUGGUUAUCUACGAUCACAAUCCUUGCAGAAAUGCACCCAAGGUGAGGAAGGGUGUACGCCGUGUUGGAAGAUGGGCAGAGGAGACACCAGAGCCUGACCCCAGAAAAGCCAGGCGUUAUGCAUUGGCUAAGGAAGAAAGCCAGGAGCCACUGCCACCUGCCCCACAUCCUCUUCUUUCUCCCACCAGCUCCUAAGGAGUUGCAGUCCGUCAAGGUCAAGGACUUGACUGCAUGUUCAUAAGACUUCAUUACAGUGGGACUGUUCUGCAUCAUUUGAGGGGCUGAUGGGGAACAAUGAAGAAACACUGAGAAGAAAAAUUUCUGACCAACAGCAUCUCUUCCAAGGAGAAAUUGUGUGCUUUCAUUGGCCUUGGAAACCUGGAGUACUCAACUUCUUUGGAAGAAAACAGCUCCUCCAAGCAGUAAAAAGGCUCACCUUUGCCUCUUUCGCAUUCCAAAAAUGACUGGUAAUGAGGUUCAUAAGAUCCUCAUAAGGUUUAACUCAAGGUCUACUACCUUCUAUUUACUGAGCUUGGAAGUCACCUGCAAAGUAGAACCUCUCUCCUCUGCCUGUCUCACUGAAGUCACUCCUCAUUGACUUUUAGGCCACUACUUUCCCUACUCCACCAGCACAGCCCAUCUGCUUAUUCACACCAAGAAACUGAGCUGAAUGGAAUCCCUCCAUCACUGCAGAAUCAUAAGUUAAAGCAAUAGUGAGAAAUCUGUUAUUUGAAAUAAGUACUUUGAAAUUUGAAUCGCAGGUUGUGGAGGAUGUCAGAAGUUGUCUCUUUAUUCUCAGUGUAUCUGCUUUAGUUCCAGUUUAAUUUUUGUAGAUAGGGUCUUUUGACAUUGUACAAACCUAGGUAUUUGGGGCAUUAUUUUGUUAAAUACCUCAACUGUGACCUUCCCGUGAAUAAAGUGGGUAAUUUAAUAAACUUUUCAGCAAACCAGGACAGUGUUACCUAAACUGAA